GUCACCACGUAUCCAAUAAUUUUGUUUUCGAUCGAGAAUUUGUAAAAAAAAUCAUUUUCUGUCACAAAAAUAGCAAAUUAGGCGAUCAUUAAUGGAAAAAUUCAAUAUUUUUUGUGUGCUGCUACUCGCCUUUGUCGUAAAUUGCUCCGGACUUUACUUCCAUAUCGCAGAAACGGAACGAAAAUGCUUCAUUGAAGAAAUUCCUGAUGAGACGACAGUUAUCGUCAAUUACAAAGUAGAAUUGUACGAUCCUCGCUCCAAUGGAUUUAUGCCAAGUGCUCCCGGCAUUGGAAUGCACGUUGAAGUAAAAGACCCGGAUGACAAGACGAUUUUGUCGCGCGUUUACAGUUCUGAGGGCAAAAUUACGUUUACCUCGCACACGCCUGGCGAACACGUAAUUUGCAUGUAUUCCAAUAGCACUGCUUGGUUCAGUGGCUCGCAGUUGCGCGUGCAUUUGGACAUCCAAGUUGGCGAUCAGGCCAUCGAUUAUGCCAACGUUGCGCAAAAAGAGAAACUCACAGAACUCCAAUUGCGAAUUCGACAACUUUUGGAUCAGGUUGAGACCAUUACGAAGGAACAAAAUUAUCAAAGAUACCGCGAAGAACGAUUCCGUCAAACAUCGGAGAGCACAAAUCAACGCGUCCUUUGGUGGUCUGUGGCCCAAACUCUCGUACUCGUCACGAUGGGAUUCUGGCAAAUGAGACAUUUGAAGAGUUUCUUCGAGGCAAAGAAAUUGGUGUGAGCGGUUUUUCGAUAAAAUUUCGUUAGAAAACUAAUAAAUUCUCUUGAUUGUCUUUGAAAAAAAUGCAAAUUUUAAUAUA